AUGAAAUAUGCAAUUCGUACACCGAAUGCACUUAAACGGUCUUCAACCGCAUUCUACUCACUCAGAGCCAGUCUCGAGCCGCGAUUAGAGGACCAUGGCAAAGUAAUUGUCGAUGAGUACUCAAUCAUUCGUGAUAAAUACGCUGCACCAAAACACCCUGUCGUUCUCGCCCAUGGCUUGCUCGGGUUUGAUGAACUACGCCUUGCUGGCCCAUAUCUUCCAGGUGUCCAGUACUGGCGUGGAAUUAAAGAGGCACUGACGGCGCGGGGAAUUGAAGUUAUCACGGCGACAGUACCCCCAUCAAGCUCUAUCGAAGAGCGGGCUGAACAAUUGGCCCGAAACAUUGAGACAGGGGCUCGGGGGAAAGAUGUUAAUAUCAUUGCGCAUAGCAUGGGUGGUCUUGAUUCGCGAUAUAUGAUUACUCACAUACGACCGGAGAAGUUCAAAGUCUUGUCGUUAACAACCAUCGCCUCUCCGCAUCGAGGCUCAUCUGUGGCGGACUAUGUACUUGAUCAAAUUGGAGCCGAUCGCCUACCUCAGAUCUAUUAUGCCCUGAAUCGACUAAAUGUCGAGACAGGUGCAUUCGCUCAACUAACACGAAAAUACAUGACCGAGACCUUCAACCCUAAUACCCCAGAUAUGGAUGAUGUCAGAUAUUUCUCCUAUGGAGCAGCAGUGGAUCCAAGUAUAUGGUCUGCCUUUCGGCUCUCACACCGAGUACUUGCGGAGACCGAAGGACCCAAUGACGGCCUAGUCAGCGUGGCUAGUAGCCGCUGGGGAGGCGAUGCAGGGUACAAAGGAACCCUUAUGGGUGUGAGCCAUCUGGACUUGAUCAACUGGACCAAUCGGCUCAAGUGGAUAGUCGGAGAAGUGACAGGCAACAAACGAAAAUUUAAUGCCAUUGCAUUUUACUUGGACAUUGCAGUUGAUCUGCGAACCCUCAAAACGUCAUUCCGGGAUCGUUCGCAUAUAAUCCGCAUUUCCCUCCAUCUCACGGCCCCCACGACAUCUCUUCGCGCCGAGCCACACAUUAUUUGUAUCUUCCAAGAGAGCCUCAUCCUUGUCGCAUCAAUUUCCCGCGACCGUAUUUUUCCAUUUGACCCUUCGAACGCCGCAACCAACCGACGAGAUAGCCCCGCUAGGGCCCGGGCGCCCGCCGCCAUGUCCGCAAAUAUCGUCUUGGACAGCCGCCACACCCAUUAUACAAAUUUGGACUUCCUCAAGGGCAAGGUUGUGCUACAGCUACCGACUGAAGCAGCUAUUGGGGGUAUCCAGGUUAAACUAGAGUGUGAGAGCCGUACUCGUCUGUCCGGUCCUAAGCACCCCCAAAAUGUGCACUCGGAUAAAAAGCGAACGGAGCUUGAGGUCCACAAGAUCUUGUACAAGGUUGCUACCGUCUUCCCAACACCGGGUGUGAUGCAGAAUGGAUCCCCGGCGCCUUCAUAUACAUUUGCCGCAGGGUCAUACGAGUACCCUUUUGAAUUCAAGUUUCCAUUCAAUAAUUCAUGCAGCACUACCAACAGCAUGCUCACCAACCUGAACUUUUCCGGGUUGAAAGUCGAGGUAGCUAGAGACACGAAUCGACACGUCAGGAAAACUCUCCCACCAUCAUUGAGCGGAUUUCCUGGUGUAGCAGAUAUCAAAUACUUCGUCAAGGCCACAGUCAUCCGGCCACAAUUCUACAAAGAAAACAUCAGGUCGAUCGUGCCUCUAAACUUCCUUCCAAUUGAGCCACCAAGAGUCGGGAAUCCCAAUGAGGAAACCUAUGCCCGGCGGCAACACCAAUUUUCCAAAAUCCACGUUCCGCCGAAGAAGAAGGGUUUUUUCUCACGGGGACAUUCUGCUCACCAAGAGACAUACCCAGAGCCUCCUCGGGUCUCUGUGGAUGCUCGACUUCCAAACCCCUCUAUUCUCACUUGCAACGAACCUGUCCCCCUUCGUAUCCUUGUUAAAAAGCUGACCGAGGGACCGGAUGUAAUAUUCCUUCAGAUGUUACAGGUGGAACUAAUCUCGUACACGAAAAUUCUGGCUCAUGACCUCAGCCGCACUGAAAGCGGCUCAUGGGUUAUCAUGAGCCUCAGCAAUAUGAAUAUACCGUUAGGCAAGCCAGAUGACCCCGUAGGCACUGAGUGGACUAUUGAUCCAAAACUGUGGAAUCAGUAUCCUUUGCCUAACUCGGUGGCACCGUCUUUUGAGACAUGUAACAUUGAAAGAUCUUACGAGCUGGAAGUUCGAGUCGGCUUGACUUAUGGAAAUGCCCGGGAAAUGCAGCCUCAACUUAUCAUUCUACCCCUGCGAAUGCCAGUCAGAGUAUUCUCAGGAAUCGCCCCACCACAGGCCCUACUGGAUGCAAUGGCUGCUGCAUCGCUUCAGCCAUCAGCCUCCAAAAUGAAACCCCAGCCAAGCUUGCCGGCAGAGAUGGGAACCAGCCGACCACCAAUGCCACCACGGCCAAGCGGCGAGCCAGUACCGGUAAAUUCCGGCGAUGUAUAUGAUGACGCACCACCCAGUUACGAGGAUGCCAUGGGAGACCACCUGAGUCCAGUGGAUGGACCACGCCGCGAGUAUCACCCACCAGACGCCUCAUCACAAAGCACAGUAGAAUCUGGAGCUGAUGCUAAGUACGCAGCCCAACCGGGUAAGGCGCUUGAGGAUGGACCCGCGGCAGAAGGAUCCUCGGCGCCUCGUCAACGAGGCAAUCGUGCUUCCUCGGAGUCCUUCGACAUGCUACCUACCACACCGCCGGAAUCCCAAUCUGGAUCGCCCCCCGUGUCCCCCGUAAGACGCCCAGCCAGCAUGAUGAAAAUUCCUCGGAACAACCUUGAUGAAGAAAGCCCACCGCAAUAUGAGCCUGUUGCGGGGAAUCACCUGAACGCUCCCCAGGCUGUGCAACGCCAAACUUCACGAAAUAAUCUUCGUCCUAUGAAUCUAGGCGUACCCAAUCGGAAACCUGUUCCACGAAGCUCCGAUCAUUGA